AUGGAACUCAGAACAGGACAGUCACUGGGUACCAUCCCCAGGCAGUGCAAAGUUCUCCUGCUGCUGUUGCUGGUGGGCCUAGUAGGUGGUGUUCAGCAUGUACUUUCUCCAAGCUCAGCACGGAGGAGCAGAGCUAUGGGCCCUGAAGCUUCAAUGAAAAGCAGCCGACCUAGUCUGUGGGCCCUGCCAGGCAGGUUCCUGUUCCAGACCAUCCAACGGGGCACAGGCCCUAGGUGCUGGCUCCGUGGGUUUUCAUCUGAGCCCCAGUCAACGUUGGUCUUUGGUGGUGGCACCCAGCUCACAGUCCUAGGUCAGCCCAAGUCUGACCCCUUGGUCACGCUGUUUCUGCCUUCCCUGAAGGAUCUCCAGGCCAGCAGCAAGGCCACACUGGUGUGUCUGGUGAGCGAAUUCUACCCAGGCACUUUGACGGUGAACUGGAAAGUGGAUGGGAUCCCUGUCACGCAGGGUAUAGAGACAACCCAGCCUUCCAAGCAGAUUAACAACAAGUACAUGGCCAGCAGCUACCUGACACUGACCUCUGACCAGUGGACACCUCACAGCAGAUACAGCUGCCAGGUCACCCAUGAAGGGAACACUGUGGAGAAGAGCGUGUCACCUGUUCAAUGUUCCUAG